AUGCUUGGCUUGUUAGAUGUUGUCGCGAACAUGAUCCAGAACCUCCGCGUAACAGAGCUGGACUUGUCCAAGCAGUAUCGCAGACUGUUGACCGUACAGACUUUCAUUGCAAUGAACACGGCGGCCAUCGCCCCUUUGGCGACCUUUGCAACCUUUGUGAUUGUUUCCAAGAGCACUGGUCAGCCCUUGAACACGGAGUCUGCUUAUGCCUCGCUCUCGCUGAUUUACCUCUUGUCGAACCCCUUGGUUGUUGUCUUUCGUACCAUCCCAUUCAUCAGCGCGGCCCUCGCGUGUUUUUCUCGCAUUCAAAACUACUUGUUGUCCGAGAGCUGUACCGAUUACAGACUGCCCUUGAGCGAGCGACAUCAUCAUCCAAGCCAAGACGAUGACAAAGGAGACACGCUUGUGGCGAUAUCAGGAGCCAGUUUUGGCUGGGUUCCCGGAAAGCCGGACAGCCUCAGCGACAUCACCGUCAACAUCCGCAGGGCUUGCUUCACCUUCGUCGUCGGACCCGUGGGCUCGGGCAAGAGUACCCUCAUGCAAGCCAUUCUAGGAGAAGUCCCGCUCCGAGCAGGUUCCGUCCAUGCCGAUCCCGGCAACAUUGCGUUUGUUGGCCAGGAGCCAUGGAUUCAGAACCUGACGAUACGCCAGAAUAUCCUAGGCAGUGCCAGCUACGACGCGGAAUGGUACGGCAAGGUCGUCUACGCGUGCGGGCUGGCGCAGGAUAUCGGCGAGCUUCCCAACGGAGAUGCGACAAGGGCGGGCAGCGCGGGUUUUUCGUUGAGCGGCGGUCAAAAGCAGCGGCUCGCCUUGGCCCGAGCUGUCUACUCCGGGGAAAAGACGGUUUUGCUGGACGAUGUCUUUGCAGGGCAGGAUGCGGCGACCGAGGAGCACGUCUUCCAGGGCCUUUUUGCCAAGACAGGUCUCUUCCGGCAGAUGAGCAUGACUGUGGUCUGCGUCACGAAUGCCAUCCAUAGACUCGCCUAUGCCGAUCAUGUGGUCGCUCUGGAUGUGAGCGGCCACAUCGUGCACCAAGGCUCAUUCGCCCAACUUCAAUCUGAUACAGAUUAUCUGCAUGGGCUGGCAGUCGAGCAGAACGGCACGAUUGACGCGCGGGACGCAGCUGAAGCAUCCAUGCAGCAUCGCCACGAGAUUGUUCCCAAGGGCCCAUCUGAAAAAGAUGCUGCUCAGGACAGCGACGAGUCCGAAUCGCCCGGUCGAGUCCUUGGCGAGUUUGCCACAUAUGCAUAUUACUUUGGCUCCGUCCCUGUAUGGUACACCAUACUGUUCGCUGCCCUCAUCAUUAUGUACGCGGGAGGGUAUCAGAUGACGGCACUCGUACUCAGCUUCUGGACGAACGCUGCGGAAGAAUCCGGCCAAGCCACCGAUGACUACUACCUCGGGCUUUUCGGAAUGCUCACCGGUCUCGCCGUCUUGGGCAUUACAGGGGCCGCCUAUUUCUUCCUGACUGUCAUGGUGCCUUUGAGCUCCGAGGUUCUCCACGCUCGGCUUCUACAUUCCGUCAUGGAAGCCCCCGUAGCCUUCUUCUCGCGCACCGACGUCGGAGUCACCACGAAUCGCUUCAGCCAGGACAUGUCGGUCGUCGACACCGAGCUGCCCUUCGCCCUUGUGGAUUUCUGCGUCAACUUUGCCCUCAUCAUCAUGUCGGUCAUCCUGAUCCAUGGCACUGACCAUGGGCCAACAGUACUGCAAAAGUUCUACGUGCGGACGUCUCGGCAGAUCCGACUAUUUGAUCUCGAAGCCAAAUCUCCCCUCUUCACGCAGUUUCUCGACCUCCUCCAGGGCCUGUCCACGGUGCGGGCGUUCGCGUGGGGGCCGCGGUUCAUCGAGCAGUACCUGGACCUUCUCGACGCCUCGCAGCGACCCUUUUACCUACUCUUCUGCAUCCAGCGCUGGCUGGGCCUCGUGCUCGACCUGAUGACCGCCGUUCUCGUGACCGUCAUGAUGGUCCUUGUCGUGAAGCUGCGGGCGCAGCUGUCGGCGCAGUACGUAGCCCUGGCCCUCGUAAAGGUCAUGUCGUUUGGCCAGUCGCUGGCCCACGUCAUCCAGGAUUGGACGCAGCUCGAGACGUCUUUCGGCGCCGUCGCGCGCGUCAAGAUGUUCUGCACCGACACCGAGUCGGAGAACCGACCCGCCGAGACGGAUGCCGUGCCCGAGAACUGGCCGGCGCACGGCCGCGUCACCAUCGAGGAUCUGGAAGCCUCGUACGACGCGCUCGGCGGCGGCGAGCCCGUCCUGCGCGGUGUGAGCCUCGACAUCCCUGCCGGUGCCAAGGUUGGCAUCUGCGGCCGCAGCGGGAGCGGCAAGAGCUCGCUCCUAGGCUGCAUUCUGCGCCUCCUCGAAGUCGGCCCCGGCUCGCGCAUCACCAUUGACGGCGUCGACAUCACGACGCUGCCACGGCAGGCUGUGCGCGCUGUAGUGGCCGUUGUGCCGCAGCACCCUUUCUUCCUGAAGCAUACCAGCCUCCGCGACAACCUUGUCGUCCUUCGCCGACAGCAGCACCAGCAGGAGCACGAACGGCAGGAGCAGCAGCAAACCGACGAUGAUAAGAUCCUCCAAGUCCUGCGCCGGCUCAAGAUGGACGAUGUUGUAGAUCGGCUGGGCGGCCUAGACAGCCCGCUGGACGCCGAUCGGCUCUCGCAGGGCCAACGCCAGCUCCUGUGCAUCGCUCGGGCCAUGCUGGCGGGCAAGCGGAUCAUUCUGAUCGACGAGGCCAGCAGCAACAUCGACGAGCGGUCCGAGCGGCUCAUCAGGGACGUCAUGCGCGAGCAAUUUGCCAGCUGCACCGUCAUUGCCGUUGCGCAUCGCCUCGGUGCCGUUGUCGACUUCGAUCGUGUUGCUGUCAUGGGCGGUGGUCGGCUCCUGGAAUGGGAUAGUCCUCGCGCUCUCCUGAAGCGAGAUAGUGAGUUCAAGAGGCUUUGGGAUCUUGGGGCAAGUUAG